UUAAAAAUAAUAUCACUUUUGACUUGUCCAUACGUAGUUUUAUGAAAACGAAUAUGAAAACAAAUACUAAGAUGUUGGAUUUGAAAGAUACAGACGAAAGGAAUAGUCUAAACGAGGAGUCUUCCAUAAGGUAUUGUCCAAUAGAAAAUGCGUUACAGCGUGCCAAAAAUAUAUAUUUGUUUUUUAUAUCAUAGUCCUGUAGAUAUGAUCUGGGAUCUUUAUCAUUAAUCAAAUCAUUAAGAUCCCAUAUCAUAUCUAUAAGACUAUGCUUUCUUAAAAAACAUUGGAAGCGGCAAAUAUGAGCUUUGUCUGAAUGCCGGCCAAAGAAAGCAAACAAGAUUCGGCUUGAAUUGGAAUCAUGUGCCUGUACUGUUUCCUUAAAAUAAUUAACUUCGAUUCUUACUACGAUUAAAAAAUGUCCCUUAAAAUGUAAUGACCUAUUUGGCCAGCUUAAUUAGCCAAGCUGCCCAAGCAUAUCAGCAGCACUACUAGACAUUCAAGUACAUUAGAGCAGAAUUCCUUUGCCUGUCGAUCGGCCAGCCCUGGCUGAUCAUUGGGUUAUAACAAAACAUUGGAAGUGGCAAAUAUGAGCUCUAGUACAAUUGAAAAUGCAAUAGCAGAAGAGGCAAGCUUAGGUGAUCCAACAGAGAUCAUCACGGGCCUAGCUCCUGCUCUUUAUAAUGCUGCAGUAAAAGGCGAAAUUGAACCUUUUAAGGAUAAGGCAGAGCAGCUUCACCUCCUAUUGACACCAACCAAGAACACCGUCCUCCACAUCCACAUCAUGUCCUUUACUAGAGAAUCAAAUGGAUCACUUAGCUUCGUUGAAAAUAUCCUUAAAUUAAACUCACCGUUGUUGAGGCAGGUCAAUAACAACGGUGAUGCCCCAUUACACAUUGCAGCAAGGCUCGGCCAUUUCAACAUGGCAAGAUUUCUUAUCCAAUAUGCAAAGUCUUUCUAUGUGGAGAUUGAGAGUGAAGUAGAAAGGACCCGGAUUUUGCUGGAGAUGACAAAUGAUGGAAAGGAAACAGCCCUUCACGAGGCUGUUCGAUAUGAUCAUGUUUAUGUGGUGAAAUUUUUACUUUGUGAAGAUGGUGAUUUUCCAUACUCUUCUAAUGCUGCGGGUGAGACUCCACUUUACUUGGCUGCUGAAAGAGGUAAUGCUUUCUUGGUUUCUCAUAUACUUGAAUUGUGCACAUCACCUGCUCAUGGCGGUCCUAAUGGAAGAACAGCUCUUCAUGCUGCAGUACUUCAUAACAAUGAAGAAAUGACACAGAAAAUACUAGACAAAAAGGGAGCUCUCGUCACAAAAGAAGCAGACAACCAAGGCUGGACUGCAUUGCAUUAUGCUGCCUACUUUGGCUAUCAUGGAAUAGUGAAAAUGUUGCUACAAUUCAAUACCUCUGUGGCAUAUGUAGCCGACAAACAAAGCAAGAGGACGGCUCUUCACAUUGCAGCCGGCCGGGGCCAUAUAGACACAAUAAAGGAAAUUAUUAAUCUUUGUCCAGAUUGUAGUGAAUUGGUUGACAACAGAGGAUGGAAUGUUUUCCAUUUUGCAGUUGAAAGCAAUAGUGACAGAGUUGUGAGUGUCAUGCUAGAGUUUCCUUGGCUUCGCAACCUUUUAAACCACAAAGAUAAGGAAGGAAAUACACCUCUUCACCGAAUUGCUUCUUCUCAUAGCAUUAUUUACUGUCUCAUAGAUAAUAAUAGAGUCGAUAAGAUGGCCUUCAACAACGAAAACCUCAGUGCUCUCGAUCUCGUUUUAAAAAGUGAAGAAAAGAUUGCGAAGAGAGAAGUUGUAAAGCAUUUGGAAAAAUAUGGAGCCAAAAGGGGUUUUCGUUCAAUUAUCUUCAAAGAAGAUUGUGAGGAGGCUAGGGAGAAGGAAUACAAAAGUUUAAUCACUGAAAUUGAAAAAUCCCAAGAAUCCCAUGUGAUAGUAGCCGCGCUCGUAGCAACUGUAACAUUCGCGGCUGGCUUCACCAUGCCUGGUGGUUACAAUGGCACUGAAGGUCCAGAAAAUGGCAAUGCAAUUCUAGCAAGGAAAACAGCUUUCCAAGCAUUUAUGAUUACAAACACAGUUGCCAUGGUACUCUCCAUCUCUGCUGUAUUCAUCCACCUUAGCUUGGCGCUACACAAGGACAAGACGAUGUUCCUUGUGUAUUUUGGAUUGGCUUAUUUGCUCAUUCUAUUUGCCAUGGGAUCAAUGGUGAUUGCUUUUAUAACAGGCACUUAUGCUGUGUUAGAACAUUCCCCAGGGCUAGCCAUCACCUCUUGUAUCAUUGCCUGCUUCUUCUUCCUCCUUUACUACCGCGAAUUGAAGUAUAGGAUCGGUAGCACCAUUAAAGAAUAUGUACAAGAAAACGCUGACAAGGUUGUUCCAGCUUGGAUAUUGACAAGGUAGCACAACAUUUCCAGUACUAUUUUCAGUCUUGGUGAUAUUUUGUUAAUGCAAGUAGAGGCAGAGGCUUAUAGAGCCAGAGGCUACAAUUUUUUGUUAAUUAAGUUGAUAAGGAUUUGAAAAAAAAAAAAAAAAUGUUGAGUAGAUUUGUUUAGGGGAUUUUUCUUUCUUCAUCUUGUUAAUUCACUUUUGGAGGAAUUAAUUGGAAGGAUUCAAAACCUUUUCAACUUUCCCUUCCUCCUUUCUCCUUUCCCUCUAGCCAAAACAAUGUAUUUACUCUUCAAUACCCUCUUUUUCUUCCAACCCUUUCUUUUUUUUCCUUUCAUUUCUACAUCGUAUCAAUCACAUUUUUAUUGUGAGACUUAUCAAAAUAUACUUUUUAUGGUCAGGCUGAUCACAGAUUUAUGCUUGAUUUUCAGGCUUC